GCCCUCCCGACAUGCCCCGCGCGCCGCCGGGGCGCGGAAACCUGCCGUGCGCGCGCUCGGCCCCCUGCAGACGCGCCGGGAAGGGCCUCCUCCCCGUCCCCGGGCCCCGCCUGGAUCCCGGUCCCAGGAAGAGAUGGCACUUAGCCCUUCGGCGGGAGGCGGCGGCCGCAGGUCCGAAGGCCAUCGGCCUCGGGGGCCCGCCUGCAGCCUGCCGGCCUUUCCUCCGACCCCGCCCCCGGAUCGGGGGCAGAGGAGCAGCAUGGAGGCCGAGGACCUCCAGGAGGAGCUGACCUGCUCCAUCUGCCUGGACUAUUUCGAGGACCCGGUGUCCAUCGAGUGCGGCCACAACUUCUGCCGCGACUGCCUGCGCCGCGGUUUGGCUCCGGGCUGCAACCAGUUCCCCUGCCCCGAGUGCCGGCGGCCGUCGACGCCCUCUGCGCUGCGGCCCAACUGGGCCCUGGCCCGGCUGGCGCAGAAGGCGCGGCGCCGGCGCGAGGGCCCCGCGUCCCGCGGGCUGUGCGACCGUCACGGGGAGCCGCUGCGGCUCUUCUGCGAGGACGAUCAGCGACUCAUCUGCAUGGUGUGCAGGGAGUCCCAGGAACACCAGGCCCACACCAUGGCCCCCAUGGACGAGGCCUUCGAGAGCUACCGGGGAAAACUUCUGGAGGCUCAGUGUCAUCUGACGGCCAAGUUGGAGAAAGCCAUUGGUUUGCAGGACUUGGAGAAGAAGAAUACUGCAGAGUGGAAGGAGAAGAUGAAGAAUCAGCGCCUGAGACUCAGCGCGGAGUUUGCAAAGCUGCGUCUCUUCCUGACUGAGGAAGAGCAGUUGUUUCUUCAGAGACUGAGCCAAGAAGAAGAAGAGACGAAGAAGAAACAGAGUGAGAAGACGUUCAGGCUCAGUCAGAUGGUCAGUGCCUUGAAGCAGCUCAUCUCAGAGGUGAAGGAGAAGAGCCAGGGCCCCGAGCUGGAGCUGCUUCAGAAUCCAAAAGAUGUGUUGACCAGGUGUGAGAACCAGGACGUCAACUAUUCCCUUGAAGUUCUGCAUGUGAAGACUGUGUGUCAGCUUCCAAUGGUGAAGGAGCUGCUGAAGCGAUUCCAAGUGCCUGUAAAUCCCGCUCUGGACACAGCUCACCCCAAACUUGUCUUCUCCCAGGAAGGGAGAUACAUGAAAAAUGGAGCAGCAGCAGCCGGCUCUUGGCCGUUGGCUACCGCCUGGAGCUACUUGGCUGGAUGGAGGAGUCAUCAGAAGACCGCAGGCUUUGUGGAGAGGUUUCGGCACCUGCCCUGUGUUUUGGGACAAAAUGUUUUCACUUUGGGAAAAUACUACUGGGAAGUCGAGAACCGAGGUGACCUGGAGGUCGCGGUGGGGGUGUGUCGGGAGGACGUCAUGGAGGUGACGGAGGACUCCGAGAUGUCCCCGCUUGUGGGCAUCUGGGCCAUCUGCUGGAGCUCUGCUGGCUUUCGGCCCCUCACAAGCCCCCCUGCGAGUCCCACCAAGCGGGAGCCAGCUCUCCACGGGGUGGGCGUUUUCCUAGAUCAGGGGGCCGGGGAAGUCUCCUUCUACAGCGCCGCGGAGGGGGAGCACCUGCACACUUUCUCCUGCCCUGUCUCCAACCUCCGGCCGUUUUUUUGGUUGAGCCCAUUAGCAUCUUUAGUCAUCCCACCGGUGACGGGUGGGAAGUGAGGCUGUCCUUCUCCGGCCCUCAGCUCCCACACAUAUGCACCCUCCGUGGUGCAUCGGUGGUGUCCAGAUUCCAGUUUCUUGUUUUGUUCAGCUCCCUGGACGUCCUGUGCCGACACAGAUACGGGGACGCUGCCGGGCACCUUUCCAGGAGCCGCUGGCCCGCUUCUCACUUCUUCUGGUUCUUUCCAAUUGAACUGCUCCCUGUACACUCUCUGGGUGCUUCAGGCCCAUGUGAUGUAGUUCCGGCCAACGAGUUACUGAGAAGGUCUCCCAGGGGCUUCUAGGGAAGGUCAUGGAGCCCUUAGAAAGGGAUGUCAGUGAGACACGGCCCCUCUCCUGCCGUCAGCAGCUCUGCUGAAACUGAGAGGAGCGCAGGGAGGAUGAGAGGAAGGAGGCACGCGGGCAGUGUUGGCCGCAUGAAACGGCUGGAGUGCCCAGAUCCCAGAUUUCUUACUGCGUGAGAUUACUGCUCCCUUUUCGUAGAAGGCAGUUUUACUUGCGUUUUGAUCACUUGCCGUCUGAAGUGUCCUGACCAGUGUUGCAGGCCCACAAGGUGGACAGCUCACUUUUUUCUGAAAUUGGACAGACUGAUAGCAUUGCUUUUUUUCAGGCAUGUAAUUCCUCUUCUUUCCAGUAAGUACUGAGGUCCCUUCCUUGCCUGGGUUAGAGAAUCAUGGCAGACUUUCUUUACUCUUGCCUGUGCUGCUGCCCGACCAUGUCUCUGCUCUCACGGGCUCGUCGUGUUCUGCCUUUGUCAAGUUCAUGUAUUGUGUGCCCGGGGCCAUUAACACCAGGGCAGAAACGUUGGGAAACACUCAAGUAUUCACCCGCUGUUAGCCUCUUCACAUAAUGCUUCUGCAUGACUUCCAGUCGCCCAGUGAAGUGGACAUUAAAAUCCUGUCCUUACAAAGGAGAAAACAGACCUUUAGCAUAACUCUAGCCGUACUGCCCAGCUGGGCUUGUUGAAUCCAGGUCUGUCUGAGAUGAGGGCCUCUGCUCUUUUCUCCUCCACGUGUACCUGUGAGCAUUUGGAAUGCUGACUCUCACUCACCAGCAUCUGCAUUUCGGGUUUUAACUCUGUUCCAUGUUGUUAUCCUGUGUAUGUUUUUGCUCACCUUCCCGCUCUAGAACGUGUGCAUUUAGAGGAUUUUGACAGUCACUGGGUGGUUAUUUAAAGAUGGUGACUGUUUCUCUCUGGUUAUAACGUCAUGCACUUACUGUAGAAAAUUUGGAACAUGUAAAAAGUAAAGAAAAUUAAGUUCCCAAAAAUCCCCCCGCUACCAACCUGUUAAUGUGCUUCCUCCCAGACAUCCAGGAGACUUUCUGGCAGUAGUUUAACAAGGCUUCUUGGAAAACUUCUGGCACCUUUCCUGACCCCUCCUCCCCCUCCUGUGUCCCAGCCCAUCCUGGGCUCACCUUCCUUUCGCCUGAGCAGUCGCCCUCAUUCAGAGAUUUCUGCUGAGUGCUUAAUCUCCAAGAUGCCUGCUGUUGGAGAUGAAUUCUGUCCUCCAAAGAAAAAGCUCUGUUGAAGUCCAGCAGGGGACGCUGACCUCACUCGGAAACUGAGAUGUCGACCUUAGGAUGGGGCCGCAUCCAACGUGACGAGGAGCCUUAUCCCCAGAGGGAAUGCUGUCCGCACGCAUACAUGCACACGGAACUGCUGCGGGAGAGGUGCUGUCACAAGCCAAGAACCUCCUGAUUUCAGACGUCUCGGCUCCAGAACUGUGAGACAACAUCUCUCUCUUGCUUUCAGCCACCCAGUUCAUGGUACUUUGUGAUGGCAGCCCCAGGCGUUCCCUUCAGUACGGUGAGGUUAAACUCAUAUAUGACGGCAAGACAAAAAGUUUAACAAAAAUUUUUCCUGCCCUUUGGCCUCCUCUCUCCCUGCCCACUCUGUGCCUUGUGUAUCUCGUGCAUCAACCGAACCUUCCCUACCAGCAGGCACACCUGCUCAGCCGUAAAGGGCACCAUUCCCCCAGCAUCAGGCCAACUCCUUAAAGAUAGCAUUCCUUCUUGAUAAGGAGUCACUUGGUGCUUCGAUCUGGAUUGUGUAAACGGUCAAUAAUACAUCCUUUCAUGUACAGCCUUCUGUCUCCAAAAACAUAGACCUGCCUUCGCUUCUAACAGGCAUCUCAGGCCUUUCUGAGAUGCUCAUCCCAGGUUAUCCUCAAAUUUGACUCAAAUCAAAUUUCCCACUUCUUAGAUGGACCUGUUAAUUUUUUGUUGGCAGUACCUAUGUUGUUAAUUUCCAGUCCUUGGGAAACUCACCAGUGCAUUUCCUCUACUCUUCCGUCGUCGGGGGUGGAGGUGGGGGGGUGUUGAACCAGGUUGAUUGGUUCCGCUACAGAGUCUUUGCUGUCUGACCUCGGGGAGGCUUUGUGAGCUGCUGGGUAAACAAAACUUGAUCUUUUCAGCCUUGGCAUUCCCUUUACGUUUUCUGUCAUGGAAGUUGAUUCCAAACCUUUCCCUCUUAAAGCAAAAGCCUUCAUACUCCUGUAGGGGAGGUAAAAAAAGGUCCCUCCUACUUCCCUGAGAUUUUUAGCUGGGAUGCUAACAAAAAGGCAGAUUAAAUGAGAAAAACAGUUUUAUCAAUGCACAUGGCACACAUCACCCAGGAGAAACAUACAAUGAAGACUUAAAGCAGUGGUGAAGAGUUCUGGCUUUCCUUUGCAUCUUCAACAAAGAACAAUAUAGGUGUGUGGAGAAGUGUGAGGACACAGGAAGGCAGUUUGAGGCUUCCAGGGGUUGCAGACUGGGAGGGGAAGUCUAUGCAAGGAAAGCAGCAGGCUCUUCUGGCGCUGCCUCUGGGCUGAGUGUGUCUCCGGUGAAGGGGGAGUUUGUAUUCUGCCUUUAGGAUGUCUGGAUUUGCUGCUUCAUAAAUGCCUUCAGCUCAAAAUAAUUUUUAUAUCAAAGAGGCAUAUUUUGAGGUGACAUUCUGGUUUCCUUCACUGCUUCUUAUUGCCAAGAACUUGCAUCUGAGAAAAAAAAUUUUUCUUCGCACUUUACCCAUCUGCUUAAUGCUUCUUUGCCUCUUUUAGGGGCUUGAUAUUGGACCCUCUCUCACCUCCUCAGGUAUGGGGUGGGACCCAGGUGUCAUAUUUGUUAAAAAUCAACUCCUCUAAUACAUCUGAUGUACAAACGGGAUUAAGAGAUGUGUCAUAGUUUCCUAUUUUCCUUAGUUUCUCUGAAUUUUUUACUCUGUUAGUGUGAUAAAGAGUUUUUUAUAGCUUUUCUCAAGUUUAUUUCACCAGCAAUGAAGACUCCCCAGGAGACAGUUUGGCAACCACUGUUUAUCUUGCACUUUCUUUUUUAUUUGUCUUUUUAGGGCCGCUCCCAUAGCAUAUGGAGGUUCCCAGGCUAGGGGCCCAAGUGGAGCUAU